AUGACGUCUACUAUGUUCUCUUUCGGGGCGAUCGAUCCUGUUGGAAUCCGAGAAAAUCCUGGUUCCAACAAUGAGUUUGAUGAUGCUGUGGGAGGAACAAAUGGAAGCAAGCACAAUAGAGAAGAGUACUGGAGAGACUCUUCUUUCGGUGAGACUCUCAACUCUGAUUUUGGAUUCUAUCAGGACAAUUUGUUGGAGUCGAACUUCGUUUUCUCGAAAUACCGACAGCAGAACCAGAAGGUAUAUCCGCUUCCUGCUCAUGAUCUGCUCGACGACUUGAACUUCGAAUUCGACUCUCCCUCACUCCAAACGUGCUUGAAGGAGAUUGCGAAUCUUGGGUCGGAGCCAAUUGGAGUCCAGCACAGUGAAGAUGAGAAGGAAAAGCAACACCCCUUUUCGCUGGCCUCCCUCGAGCUCCUCAAGAGCUACGAACACAGGUUGAAGAAGCUUGAUGGGGAGAAGAUCGUCGAGCCUGGCAGCAAUACCACUUUGAACGGACUCGCAGAGCCAAGUCUGUCGACCGAAGAAAUUAUCAGGUUAGCUGGAGUUAAAUUCAUCCAGACCACCUCCUCAGUGGGCGAUCCGCCCGCGACUUUAAGCCACCCAUACGGGUCAUCUUUCUCUGGUCUCUCCGAUCAGCAGAAGGAGGACGCACAGCUAGUAGAACUGCUUCUGUUCGCAGCGGAGAAAGUGUACUAUCAGCAGUUCCAUCGGGCGAGCAAGUUGCUGAACCAGUGCGACUACUUGUGCUCGAACAAGGGCAAUCCGAUCCAAAGGCUAGUUUUCUACUUUGCUGAGGCGCUGCGUGAAAGGAUCGAUCGAGGAAGUGGAAGAAUCGCAGUAAACACCUGUGGAAAGAGACAGAAACCUGAUUCCCAUGCACAAACGAUGAACCCAACGCAGAGCCAGAUCGCAUAUCAUCAAAAGCUCCCGUUUGUGCAGGUGAUGCAAUUCGCAGGAGUGCAGGCGAUUGUGGAAAAUGUAGCCGAUGCAAAAAACGUUCACGUGAUUGAUAUCAACAUAGGCUCCGGGGUCCAGUGGACGAUCCUAAUGCAAGCGCUGGCAUCAUGUUAUGACCGCCAGAUUGAGCUUCUGAAGAUAACCGCUGUAGGAACCUCUUCAAAGCAUCUGAUUGACGAGACCGGUGAAAGGUUAAUAAAUUUUGCUCAUAGCAUGAGUUUUCCCUGCACUUUCAAGUCUGUUGUGGUAGGAGAUGUGCUGGAUCUCAAGGAAGAACUUUUCGAGAUUGAUACCGAGGAAGCGGUGGUCAUCUUCUCUCAGUACUACUUACAGACCUUGAUACCGCAGCCUAACCGUCUUGAAUUAUUGAUGAAAGUAAUUAGAAGGACCAAUCCACGUGUAAUGGUGGUUGCCGAAGUCGAGGCGAACCACAAUUCACCAAACUUUGCGAACCGUUUCAUCGAGUCGCUCUUCUCUUACGGUGCAUACUUUGACUGCCUCGAAGCUUCCAUGAGUCAGGAAGAUUUCAAUAGGAUGACCAUCGAAUCGAUUUACUUUGGCCAAGGGGUUAAGAACAUUCUAGCCACCGAAGGUGAGGAACGGACGGUCCGACAUGUGAAGGUCGAUGUUUGGAGGGUCUUUUUCGCCCGAUUUGGCAUGAUGGAGGUGGAACUGAGCAGUUCAUCUUUGUACCAAGCAAACUUGGUCAUGAAAAAGUUCAGCUGCGGGAGGUUCUGCACGCUCAAUAUGAAUGGAAAAUGUCUACUUGUCGGGUGGAAGGGCACACCGGUGCAUUCUCUUUCCAUCUUGAAGUUCACCUGA